AUGACCAAAGUGUAUGCGCUUGGCAAUCCUGGCCCCGUGCACAAGGCCGUGACGUGGCAGGCUGCACUGGACGAAAUCUACGAUGCCAACCACGACAAGCACGACGAUACCCUUACGUUUACCAUGGCCAUCCGCAAACUACAAGAACGCGUGUUUGUGCAAAAGCAAUUUGAACUGUGCAUGGCCAGCGUGAAAAUGGACCCGAACUUGCUCUUCUUUGAAGAGCCCCACGAGCAUCAGUACGUGGCGUUUAUGAACGAAAUCAACCGCCGUCGGGUCCAAGUGUGUUUUUCCAUUGGCGCCAUCGCGUGCGCCUACUACUUUUACUACGAAGUGCGCUUCCUGGAUGCGUACCGAAUAGCGGGUAGCGACGACGACGGCGACAUCCACAACGGCAUCUCAGGGCCGAGUGAGCUUGUGCUGUACUGGCUCAGCUUUGGGCUGAUUGUGCCCACGUUUGGCUUGGGGGUGGUCGCUACGUUUGUGCCAUGGGGGCGCCGCCGGCUCGAGAGCAUCGUCACAUGUGUAUACCUGGUGGUCGCCGUGGCACUCAUUGCGAAAAAGUGCGUGCAGCAAGCCAAGGGCCCGAUCUACGCGCUCGUGAUCCUGCUCAUUCCGCUGUUCAAUGUCACGCGCAUGCGGUUCGCGUACUCGGCCGUCGUGGGCUGGGCUAUUGUGGUCACGUAUUCCGUCGUGGAGAUCGCCGCCGGCCCCGACACAGCAUCCAAGACGGUGUUCACGACGCUCAAUUACUCGAUGAGUGUCGUCGCGGGCAUGGUGUCGAGUUAUCAAAAGGAGCUGCUCAAGCGACGCAACUUUGUGCUCGGGCUCAAUUACUCCGGCAGCCCCGACGACGCGUCGUCGCGUAUUCACAGCCCGUACUACGCCAAGGAAGCGCUGUGCAAUCCAUUCUCGCAAUCGUUCAAGCAUGCCGACCUCGAACGGUGCUGCUUGUCGUGCUCGUCCUUGUAG